AGGAUCUCGAAACCGUUCUGAUAUCAAUUUACAUGAGAACUUUCGAUUUAAAUUUUAAAGACGCACACCUACGUAGGAACUAUUUACAAAAGAUGAAACCAUGGCACUGUUUAUGCUACUAACAACACGUCGCAGGACCUCGUACCGAUGAUAGAAAUGGUAUUGAUUUUCUUGUUAAAUUUUCUCAACAUCAACGUCGUUUCAGGGGAAAACAGAUAAAUAGGCUUUUAGAUGUUGACAUAUGGUAUACAGGUAUGGCAGACCUUAAAAAAUCCAAGAUAAAAUCCCAUUCUUGUGAGGCCUGUAGAUAUUCGAUGUGUGGAGAUUGCAACUUAACACAUUCUACGGACGAUGUCACUAAACAUCAUGGUAUCCAUGCUAACCCUGAUGUAUUUAUCGGUUAUCGAGGUCAAUGCAAUGUCACUAUGCACGCUGGGAAGAUACUAUGGAGUUGGUGUCUUACUUGUUUACUUCCAGUAUGUCAAAGAUGUGUGACAGAUGAUAUUCACGAUAGUCACAAAAUUGUCGAUAUUGUAACAGAAUACAGACAUCGCAAGGAGCAAACCAAAAAAUCAAUUACUUCUAUCCGGGAUGAUUUUUUGCAACGUUGUCUUGCAAUGUAUGAACAAAAAUCGUCACUAUUUUUCACUAUCUUAUUGAAGAACAUAAGUUAUGAAAAAUGUCAACCUGAAAAACUAAAAAAUAUUAUUAAUGUUGCAUUGAAAGUAAAAUUACCCUUUUUAAGACUAGGUCAACGAACAAUUAUGAAACAAAAGGAAAUUUUAAUACAUUUUAUUAAAUCUUUGGAGUCAGUUUUUGACGAUGAAAAAGUAUGUGAAAGACCAGUAAGUUACCUUAAGACGUUGAAAAAAGUGUCUUUUGUCUACGAUAGAGAUUAUUUAGAUCCAUCUGUGAAGUUAGAAACGAAGAUGAACUGCAAAUUUUCUGAAGAUGAUAUUGAAGUUAUGAUAUUUAAGAGCCAAUUUUCACCGAUGCAAUUUCCCAAACAUUGGAUGAAAAGAAACAAAUACACUAAUGAAGAAGGGAUGCAAUUUUUGAAUGCCCUAGAUACGGACUUCCAUGAAACUAGAAGUCGAACUUGUCAAGACUGCUUAAAAGAAUUCCCUGGUCAGUGGGAGACACAGCCUGAAAUCGAGGUGCUGUUACGAUGGUGUCGUGCUUGUAAACAUCUGGUUUGUCCACAGUGUGUGACAACCAAGAAACACAAAAAACAUGAAAUUGUUGAUAUUGAAUCCGAAUAUAGGCUACAGAGGAAAGAAACCAUACUGUCAUCGAAUACAUGUAGUUUCAUCACAAAUUACUUGUUACCCAAAUGUCGUGACAUGGAAAAACAGGUAAACAAAAAGAAAGAAUUUUUUUCCAGAGAAAAUUUAAAAUAUCAGAACGCUUUUCUUGCAGAAAAGUUGAAAAAUAUCAUAAAUGUUGCUUUGAAAAGCAAGAUGAAUGACUUAAGACAAAGCCAAAGAACAGUUUUAAAGCAAAGCGAAAACUUACUGCAUUUUAUUAAAUCAUUGGAGAUUGUCUUGGACGAGGAGAGAGCAUUCCAAACGCCAGUGAGCUUUCUUGUGGCUUUGAAAAAAUAUCACGUUAUACAACCUGUGAAAUUAGAAACGAAGUUAAUUUCGAGGUUUUCUGAAGAGAAUAUUGAAAAAGGAAUGUGCCAAAACUAUUUUUUACCCAUGGACUUCGGAGCUCGUCUCAUUUCAGAAGAAGAACUACAUGUAAGUGGAAGACCUACCCACAUUUCUCCUUGCACGGAGAAGAAGAUUUGGGUAAGCUCCUCCGGGACACUGUAUGUGCAUAACUUCUCUUUCAAAUACCAGAAAUAUGAUCCGAUCAAAGAUAUAUGCAUAAGUGAAAACGGUGUCCACACGGUUAGAAAGUCCAAACAACCGAUUUACAUAGAUAUAAAUGGGGACUUAAAAUCAUGUUCACUGCUUACAAAUUUCACGUCAACCUUGCCACUAAAGAGAUCAGACGAAUGGGUUAUAUCAUGUAUUUACUGUUCACCUCGCAAUGAAAAUUUACUUGUUGGGUUAAAAAGUGUUGGUGACAGUAAAGUUACCGUUUAUGAUGAACUUGGAAAUGAACUUCUAACAAUUCAAGUUAAUGAAAAACACCAGAACCUUUACUGCAAUCCAGUAUUCAUAACAGAAAAUCGGAACGGUGACAUCGUUGUGUCUGACCGCGGUACAAACUCAGUUGUGGUGACUGACCAAACCGGAAACUUCCGGUUUACAAUUGAUGGAAACGAUGUCGUAAAACGGAAACAAGGGUUUUAUUCAGUCUGCACGGACUCUUUGUCCCGCAUUCUGAUUUGCUCCGGAAGUGGAUUGUUAGUAUUCGAUAAAAAUGGUACUUUUCAAACCUAUUUUACUCCAAGAGAAUCACUAGCUUUUCGGGGAUAUUUUUUACCAUACGCGCUGUGUUAUGACACCGAAAAUGAAAUCUUUUGGGUUGUAAGUAAGAAAAAAAACCGCUAUAUCGUGUCAGGAUUUAAGUUUUAAAAAGGUAUUUGUUUAAUUUCAUCAAGUUCAAUUCUAAAAACAGAAACUAAACUGAGAGAGAGAGAGAGAG